AUAAGAAUGUGGGGUGGAGUUAGAUUUCAAAAUAGUGCUAGUUUUACAAUAGAACAGAUAACAUUUUUUUACGAUUUUUCGUUUUUAACUAUUUUAUUAAUUUUAGUGUUUGUAGUAUACAUAAUGAGCUAUUUAGCUUGUGAAUCUUUAAUUAAAUGCUAUGAUUUAGAUAACCAAAUUAUGGAGUCUUUUUGGACAAUUUUACCUUUGGUUAUUCUUGUUUUCCUAGCGUUUCCCUCUAUCCGAAUUUUAUAUCUAAUAGAUGAAGUAAAAAAUCCCAUAUUAACAUGUAAAGUUUUAGGCCAUCAAUGGUUUUGAAGUUAUGAAUAUAGAGAUUUUAACAGUUUUGAAUUUGAUUCUUACAUAGUUUUUAACUUAAUACGGCUAUUAGAGGUUGAUAACUGCUUUGUUAUUCCUCUUGGAUUAAAAGUGCGGCUGUUAGUUUCGUCUGUAGAUGUUCUUCAUUCUUGGACGGUUCCUGCAUUUGGGGUAAAGGUUGAUUCUGUUCCUGGUCGGCUUAAUCAGUUAAAUUUUACAGCUAAUCGGCUAGGUAUUUAUUUUGGUCAAUGCUCAGAAAUUUGUGGAGUUAAUCACAGAUUUAUACCCAUCGUGGUGGAAGUUAUCUUAAAUCAAAGAUUUUCUGUUUGGUUGGAAAAUUCAAGAU